UAAGCUAUUUGAUUCAAUAGGGGUGCCAUUGGCUUAUGCUAAUGUUAGAAUUAUGAAGAUUGGUAAGGUAGGCUGUUUUGUCCUGGUGUACCGGUCUUUUUUUCCCAUCAUCGAAAGAUAAUACCCAGUAGGAAAAAAAUGAAAAAUCAGGUUAGGGGCAGUUUGGUGGUCAGGCAAAGGAAUAGUUAACAUGUCGAGUAUUCCAUUACAACAACGGGUCUGGUACAGGUGGGCGCGUGUUUACUUUACCGGGUCAUGUAUUAUUGGGUUUGGGGUGUUAUGUUUUAAGUACACUGUGCCAACCGACGAGGAGUUGAUUGCUAGAUUUUCACCAGAAGUCAGGGCUGAUUACGAAAGAAAUAAAGAAUUAAGACAUAAGGAACAAGAAGAAUUGAUGAAGAUCGUUAAGCAGACGUCUGCCAGUAGUGAUCCUAUUUGGAAAACAGGGUAUAUCAAGUCACCAUUUGAAAAAGAGGGAAGAGGAGUUGAUCCCAAAUUGGUUAAUAUUGAAGAAUUCAACCGAGCAAAAGCCAAUGAGUUCAAAUUAAAAGAAUUGGAAAUGGCUAGUCAAGAAUUGGAAGAACAACAAGCAUUGGCCAAACAAAAGAAAAAGCACUGGUGGUCUUGGUCCUAAGAUCCUCUUAUUUAUUUAUUCUUUAAUUCUCAUAUUUAUUGUAUAUAGUUAUUUUAUAAGUUUAAUUUCA